AUGGUAUCUGUCAUCUUAUCCGAGAAUGCUACAACUGAAACAAAAUUCAAGUAUGGAUUUGAAUUGAAAGAACAUGCUUUCGCUGAGCCAGCUUCAAAUCAAGCCCUCGUAAAGAUUCAAGCGGCUGCUUUAAAUCACAGAGAUGUUUGGAUUCUCAAAGGCAUGUAUCCUGGUAUCAAAAUGGGGUCUGUCAUUGGAUCAGAUGCUGUUGCAUACAUCACAAAAAACGGCACAAAUGAACUACCCGUUGGUCAGCGCGUUCUUUUGAACCCUGGAUGCGGAUGGAUUUCCGAUGAGAGAGGACCAGAGCAUGUGUUUGGUAUUCUGGGCUUACUGCCAUUUGCUGGUACAUUGACAGAGGAGCCUGUUGCGAUGGAUCAAGAGGAAUUGAUAGCAUGUCCUCAACAUCUUUCUACUGCUGAAGCAGCUGCAUUGCCAUUGGCUGGUUUGACAGCAUACAGAGCUGUAUUCACAAAGGCACUGGUCAAGAAGGAUGAGCAUGUCUUGGUUACUGGUAUUGGUGGUGGUGUCGCAUUGGCUGCUCUUCAGUUUGCAGUGGCAGUAGGUGCUCAUGUCUAUGUCACAUCUUCCAGCCCUGAAAAGAUCAAGAAAGCUAUUGAAUUGGGCGCCAAAGGUGGCGUCAAUUACAAGGAUGAAAAUUGCAUUGCUGAUUUGAAAAAGCUGUUGGGCAAUAACCAACUGUCUGCUGUCAUUGAUGGUGCUGGUGGACCUCUGUAUAACAGUUAUCCCAAGCUGAUGAGAACAGGUGGCAUCAUUGCCAACUACGGUCAAACAGCCAGCGUAAAGGGAGUAGGCUUCUCAAUGGCACACGUGUUGAAGAAUAUUGACGUGAGAGGAUCCACCAUGGGCUCUAGAAAGGAAUUCAGAGACAUGGUCAGGUUUGUCGAUCAUUACAAGAUUAAGCCAGUUGUGUCACAUGUCUGGAAUGGAUUGAACAGUAAAUCCAUCGAUCAAGCCAUUGCCAUGAUGAGCAAUGGUGAUCAAUUUGGCAAAUUGGUUAUUGAAAUGAACAAUACUAGCAGUGGUAGCCCCAAGUUGUAA